GCAACUGCUUCUACUAGGAACCCCCCCAAACCGUUUGCAUCGAACUCACCAUCCCUUCUUGCUCCAUAUUCCAUAAACAUCUUGCACGUCGAUCCUUUGCCCGCAUUCCAUCCAUCACAUCAUUGACAAGCGGCCCGAAACCCCAACGAUUACCACCAUGGCCGUUGCAGAGAGUGGCAAGCGGGUCGAGGAGGCCAAGGCACUGGUCAAGACUGAUCCAUCUCAGGCUGAGCAGAUCUACAAGGAGGUGCUUUCGACGAAUCCUGGGUCAAACGAGGCGGCGAUCAAGAACUACGAAUCCGCACUCGUCGGACUCGGUGAGCUUUUCCGCGACCAGCGGAGAGUCGAUGCCCUGGCCGAGCUCGUCCGGCAAACGCGGUCGGUUCUGUCCUCAUUCGCAAAAGCAAAAACUGCGAAGCUAGUGCGACAACUCCUCGAGCUAUUCACAACCAUUCCCAACACCACCGAUGUCCAGAUCGCCGUUACAAAGUCCUGCAUAGAAUGGGCAGUCUCAGAACGACGAGGUUUCCUACGACAGAACCUCGAGACACGGCUGGUCUCUCUCUACAUGCAGAAACAGUCGUAUUACGAUGCUCUCACGCUUAUCAAUAGCUUGCUCAAGGAGCUCAAACGAUUAGAUGAUAAGCUAGUGUUGGUGGAGGUGCAGCUAUUGGAAUCGAGGGUCUAUCAUGCGCUUGGCAACAUCCCCAAAGGACGGGCGGCACUCACAUCAGCGCGAACUUCGGCCGCGUCAGUUUAUACCCCGCCUCUGCUCCAGGCCGGUCUGGACAUGCAGAGUGGCAUGCUGCAUGCCGAAGAUAGCGAUUUCAACACAGCCUUUUCCUACUUCAUCGAAGCCAUGGAGGGGUACCACUCGCAGGAUGAGGCGCAGAAAGCGACAUCGGCCCUGCAAUAUAUGCUGCUUUGCAAGAUUAUGCUUAACCUCGGUGACGACGUGACCUCGCUCAUGACAUCGAAACAAGCUAUCAAGUACGCAGGAAAGAGCUUGGACGCAAUGAAGGCCGUGGCUCGUGCACACACGAACCGCAGUCUGGAGGAAUACGAGACAGCUCUUACAGAUUUCCGACAGGAGCUCGGAAGUGAUCGCUUCAUCACCAGCCAUCUCCGGCGGUUGUACGACAACAUGUUGGAGCAGAACUUGAUCAAAGUGAUCGAGCCAUUCAGCAGGGUGGAGAUCGAUCAUGUGGCCAAGAUGGUCGGACUCGAUACAGUCCAGGUGGAGCGCAAGCUCUCGCAGAUGAUCCUGGACAAGGUUAUUAUUGGAGUCCUCGACCAGGGAGCAGGUUGCUUGAUCGUCUUCGACGAAUCAGAGCGGGAUCAGAGCUAUGACGCGGCUUUGGGGACUAUUGAGAAGCUGAGCAAUGUCGUGGAUGUCUUGUAUACCAACCAGGCAUCGUUGCUAGAGUAAGGCUAGACCAAGGGAGUCCCACAGAUGAGGUGCCUAACCUGUAAUCCACUGCCCAUCUCGCGGAAUCAUGUAAUAUAGGAGCAUAGACACGGGUCAACCGGGAAGCGCUUGACGCCUCAUGGAGAACCCACACUUAGGUCGAACGCUUGUAGUGUGAUCGAAGUGUCGCUCGGAGUAUACAAUACCUCAUGUAGCUACACUCGCCCAAGCCAGGUCUCCAUUCUACCUUAGCCUAUCCCAUGAUGGUUUGCGCUGCGCUGGAAGCGUGAGCAAUCUGGGUCUACCUUCAAAUAGAUGACCAUAUUCUACAAGCUUUUAUCAGUGCCUCAGAUAUAUGAGAAGAGCAUCUCAACAUUGUCAGCAGCAUUGUCGCCCAUGCUAAUCACUGCGCGUCAGACGCGGGUUC